AUGGAGGGGAUGAUGUUAGGGUUGAUAAAAGCUAAACGUCUUUAUAUACGUGGAUGUGAGGAGCUAAUUUCUUCAUGGCAGAACCAGGAAGGACCCUCAACACAUUUGAGGCCUAUUCGCUUUUUGGAAAUUCACAAUUGCUCAGGACUUGUUUCCAUAGGGGCAGAGGACGAAAAGGAAGAGCAUAUGCAGUUAGGAAUCCCUUGCCACAUUGAACAUUUGAGCAUACAACUAGAGUCCAUAGCUCAAGAAAUUGAAGAGAACUCUUCCCUUGAAUUGAUAACUAUCUGCAGUUGUGAUAAUUUGAGAUCUUUGCCUCGUGUAUUAAACAAGCUCAGAAAGCUAGCCUUUCUUGGUGUGAAAAACUCCAUGCAUUGUCCAAGUGUGAUGUCAUUUCCAGAAGAGGGGUUCCCUCCCAAUCUCACUUCAUUUAGAAUCUUGCAACCCAAUAUUUGGAAGUCAGUGAUCGAGUGGGGUUUGCACAAACUCACCUCCCUUAAAACAUUUGUCCAUCAACGGUGCUUCUCUAGAUGUGGUGUCAUUCCCAUACGAGGAAAUGCUUCUGCGCGUUGCCCCAAGCUCAAAUUCCUUCCGGAAGAGAUGUUUGACUCACUUUUGCAACUCGAAAUUUCUAGAUGUCCAUUGCUAGAAGAACGAUGCAAGAAGGAUGAAUGA